AGCGGUGGGGCGCGCCGUCGGGGCGGGCGGGAGCCGCCGCCUCCCUAGCACCGCCCGCGCCGCGCAUCUCUCGCAUUCGGGCACGGGGAACCGGUGGCCGCUCUGACGCCGCCUCGUACCAUGGCCGUCGCUUACCUUUUGGGAAACGGCUCUGCGCCGCUCUUCGCCGGCGCCCUGGAGGUCCCCUUCGGAGCCAACGCCUCCGCUGCCGCCUGCCGCCCCGCCGUGCCUCCUUGCGCGGCCGCGCCUCCGGGCACAUGGGGUAACGGUACGGCGGGCUGGAACCGCUCCGAGCCUUGCAGCGGUGCCAACGGCAGCGCGGGCGGCGGGCCAUGCGCUCCCGCGGGCGGCGGCGGCCCCUCUGUGGUCACGGCUAUCGCCAUCAUGGCCCUGUACUCUGUAGUGUGCGUCGUGGGGCUUUUCGGCAACUUCUUGGUCAUGUACGUCAUCAUCAGAUACACAAAAAUGAAGACUGCCACCAAUAUCUAUAUUUUCAAUCUUGCAUUAGCAGAUGCACUAGCAACAAGUACUUUGCCGUUCCAGAGUGUUAAUUACUUGAUGGGAACAUGGCCAUUUGGUACAAUCCUGUGUAAGAUUGUUAUAUCCAUAGACUACUACAAUAUGUUCACCAGUAUCUUUACGCUCUGUACCAUGAGUGUGGAUCGCUACGUAGCUGUUUGCCACCCAGUCAAGGCCCUUGAUUUCCGUACCCCCAGAAAUGCCAAAAUUGUCAAUGUCUGCAACUGGAUUCUUUCUUCUGCCAUUGGUCUGCCAGUUAUGUUUAUGGCAACUACUAAAUACAGGCAGGGCUCUAUUGACUGCACACUUACUUUCUCCCACCCUGCGUGGUACUGGGAAAACCUACUGAAAAUCUGUGUAUUCAUCUUUGCCUUCAUCAUGCCAGUCCUAAUAAUUACUGUGUGCUAUGGGCUGAUGAUUUUACGGCUGAAGAGUGUCCGCAUGUUAUCUGGCUCUAAAGAGAAGGACAGGAACCUGCGGAGGAUCACAAGGAUGGUUCUUGUAGUGGUAGCAGUCUUCAUCAUCUGCUGGACUCCUAUCCACAUUUAUGUCAUCAUUAAAGCCCUGGUCAACAUCCCAGAAACUACUUUCCAGACUGUCUCCUGGCACUUUUGUAUUGCUCUAGGUUAUAUAAAUAGCUGCCUCAAUCCAGUCCUGUACGCAUUUCUAGAUGAGAAUUUCAAAAGGUGUUUCAGAGAGUUCUGCAUCCCCACCUCCUCAACUAUUGAGCAGCAAAACUCCACCCGGGUCCGACAAAAUACUCGUGACCAUGCUUCCACUGCCAACACUGUGGACAGGACUAACCAUCAGAGGUGUUUUCUGUGUAGGUUGUUUGUGUGCCAAAGUCUCACAGGAUCAUCUAGAACAACAUGUUGGAAACAAGAGUUCUUCACUUAUAAAGACUGCAUAUUCCAAAACUUCAAAGGAAAAAUAUUUCCUUCAGUGAUAAUUUAAAGAAAAGAAAAACCUCUAAGCAUCUCCAUUCUCUUCUUAUAUAAGAACUUUUACAGUCAAAACAAUGAGGUAUCAGUUCACCUAAAAGAGUAAAUGGAAAUAUCCCAUGCUGUUAUUAGUAGAAUUAUCCCUAAAAAAGCAUUGACUGUUACGGUAAACUCCACCAUGAAUCUGCAUGAAUAGAUGUACAUCUAUCAGCUUGUCAAUGAAUUCUCUUUAGUUUACCAGAUUUCAACUGCCCUGUUGGCAGUAUCUCAAACUUGGAAGUCAACAACUUGUGUGAACUGGUUGGAAGAGUUAGCACAUCAGAGCUGCUUAAAAAUAUAUAUAUACAUUUUGAUAGAUUUUUUUUUUCCCUUAACCAAACCCAUGUUUGCUUUUCUAACUAACUUAAUGCAGUCUGCAUUUCCAUUCUGUGUUAUCUAGUAAAACAUGUGAAGAUUUAUGAAAGAAACAUCAUACCGAAGUAAAUGUCAUCCUAGUAAAUGUCAUCUUAUCUGUUUUUUUGUAUGGAAAAUAGAGAUAUCCAUGUAGAUAACUUGUGGUGCAAUAGUAUUUUCUAGCCAUUGUUUGUUUCUUGCUUUGUAAAUAAACCAUCAGUAGUUAAGUGGGGGGGCAGGGCAAUAUACUUAAGUGUACUCUAAAAUACAACUCUAUGGAACAGGGUUUUCUUUCUAUUUCUUCUUAUUUAUUUCUUAAUUUCACUAUUAAAACUCGUGUAACAGAAUAUGAUUUUAGUGUGAAGUCAUUUGUUUCUGCCUUGGACUAUGUAAUAAAGACUGAAGGCCAAAUCCUUGUGAGUUGUAAAUUGAAGUAACACUACUCUUGUCUCAUCAGUGUGGUGAAGCUAAAUGUGUAGAUAAAUAGGUUUUAUAUCAGCAUAAUGUGAAAUUGGAUGUAGCAGAAGUGCCUUUUUUCCAUUUUCUGUUAAAAAUUCUGCCAUGCUGUCAUAGAGGUUCCAUGUUUAAUUUUGCAUUAGUUUAGCAAGAUUUCCUCACAGUCAUCAUUAAAUUUUAAACCAGAUCUGUCAUUAUCUAACUUUAAAAAAGCAUGGGAUAGGAACCUGAAAAAAAAAUUGGACGUGUUCUUUUGCACUACAUAGCAGUAUUAUUUAACUAACAAGAACAUAAACUAAAGCAGAGAUGCAAAUUAGUGCUGUCCAACAGCACUGAGUCUAGCAUGAUCUGAACAGUCUACCAUGCUACAAUAUACCAAACUGAAAUACACUGAACAACUAUUACAAAAGCCUUCAGCAGUAAAUUGGGAAGAAAACUAAGAUCAUAGUUUAAUGGUUAGUUUGAAGUACCUUAGCUGUUACAGAAUUUGCAUAAUGAACUGAAAACAUCAUUUCUAUACUUGGAAUGUAACAAAGCUCACAGGUAAAAUCCUAUGACUUGCCAACAGCAAAAAGUUUUAAAAGAUAUUUUAGGUUUCUACAGUCCAAUAAUUAAUUGAGCAACCUCACAGUAAAUAUUUUUAGUAGUACUAAUGUUUUUGUAGGCAUAAUGGUCCAAGGAUAUGAAGAAGCAAAUUUUAUUAUCAGAACAUCAGCAAAAAUAAGUUAAAUGCCCUGUUUGUUUAUCAAAAGACAUGGAUGUUCGCUGGCAGUGCUGUGGAGAAAGUAUCAUGUUGUUUCGCAAUCUGUGUAUCUUCAUUGUAAUCCUUUAAUAAAAAUGCUUGUGUUGCUUGUGUACUU